AGUCCUUCAGGAUUUUGAAACCAUUUUAGUUGUAGUGACUUCUGUGGAGCCCUUUUGGAAACUAUUAGAAGUUUCCUGGGACCAGCUUGCUUUUGGCACCGCCAAUGGGAGGUGUCCAUGACUGAGGGCAGGGUGUCAUGCUUUGUUCGCCUCACUGAACUUUAGUCAUAUAGUGACUUUAUUGAAGAUACUGCAGUAAUGCAAAAACACUUACUUUUUAGGAGUUUUUAUUUAGGUGUUAGAAAUGGAGUCAAUAUAUCUUCAAAAGCACCUUGGGAGGUGUUUAACUCAAGGUCUUGCAGAAGUGGCAAAAGUUCGCCCAGUGGAUCCAAUAGAAUAUUUGGCAUUGUGGAUUUACAAGUUUAAGGAAAAUGUGACCAUGGAACAGCUGAGACAAAAGGAAAUGGCUGAGCUGGAGCGUGAAAGAGAAUUAGCUCUGAUGGAGCAGGAAAUGAUGGAGAGGCUCAAAGCAGAGGAGCUCUUAUUUCAGCAGCAACAGCUGGCAUUGCAGCUGGAAUUGGAAAUGCAAGAAAAAGAGAGGCAGAGAAUAGAAGAACUACAGAGAGCUCAAGAACAAUUAGACAAGGAAGCAACACCAGACUCAGGCAAAACACUAGCUGAAAUCAGCGAUCGUUAUGGAGCACCUAACUUGAGCAGAGUGGAAGAACUUGAUGAACCAAUGUUUUCUGAUGUUGCAUUAAACAUGGAUCAAGAUUUGUAGGAUCAACCAACCUAAGAGCAAUAAAUGUUUUUGUUGGUUUCAAAUUUCAAAUCAUGAGGUUCCCAAUUUGUAUUUCUUUUUCCCUCAAACUUGAACUCUACUUUUAUUUUUCCUCUAAGGACAGUUUAUGAAUGAGCUUCAAGAGUAGCCUCAAAGUGCUAUUUUGGAUCUGUCAAUUCAACUGAUUAUUUAUAUGAUUCCAUUGGGAAAAUAGAGUUUGCUGAAGCAACCAAAAGAGGCAAAUGUGAGGUGAGCUGAAAUAACAUGUGCGUCUAUGCAAAAGCAAGACUGCCUGAAAAGGAAGUUGCUGUCCGGGCAUGAUGGCUUACGCCUGUAAUCCCUCUCAGCUCUU